GGCGCUGAAUGCCUCCAAUUGCACGGCGGUGCUGAGCCUGUCCUCUCAGUCGGAGAUUUCCGACUUGGUCGUCGCCUUCUUGUCGUAUUUUACCGUCAUCACCUCCGGCAUGGCCUUGACCCAGUGCGACUUGCCCGCAGCCAUCCGCAAAGCCACCGAAAGACACAACCCAGGCGAACACAAGCUGAACAUCCCGCUCCUCGUCGUUCUUGCAGUCUUUGGUGCCUCGCUGUGCAUCCUGGCAACCAUCAUCAGCGCCAACGACUACUGUGCGAGCGACGCGCUCUGCUACAACAUCUGGUCUGUGGCCCUCUACCUCGGCGACAGCGUCGGAAGCGCUUGCGCCGGGUGGGCCACUCUGGCUCGCCUCCAGGCUCUUGUGGUCGACAACAGGCUCAAGACGGCGGCAUACCUCUUUGGGGUGAUCCCGCUGGCUUAUUGCUCCUCGGACGUAAUCCAAAUCGCAUCUCUCUUCUAUCCAUUGAAUCCAAACAUGGUCAGCACCGUCUACAACUACGCCAACAUUCUCCUUGUCGUCAAUAUGGCCACCAUGCAUAUUGUCAUGAUCCGGAUGAUCAACAUCGGCAGCAUGAAGCAUCGGCUCGUUCCCUAUGCCAAACGCAAACGCCUGGUGAACUGUCUCCUGUUCGUUGCGAUCGCAAGUUACGUGUCCAGCAACGUCUUCUUGUUCGUCCGCCCCGACCAAGUCGCCAUCGGCAGUGUAUGGAUGAACUGGGCCUGGAUCAUGGACAUUUACUUUUUCUGCGUCACCAACAAGUUCUUGACGGAUGUGAUGAAGGGCCGGGUCUCCAUCGACGUCGUUACGCCAGAGAUAACCCGCCAAGGCACGAUCCACAAAUCGCCAAGCAUGCGACCCUCCGAGACCGGGGACACCUUGCACUCCCAGCCGUAUCACGGGGAACGCCGUCUUUCGACCGAUGCGAGCAAGGUUUGAGUACUCGACAUUGAAUAUCUGCAAUCUACUAGACUACUCGUGCAGCAAGGACGCUACUGACAACGGCCGAAAGCACUAUCUCCUCUUCCCGGCAUGUUAUCAUCAAAAUACACCGCUCUCAGGCAACUCUGCUGUAUCGGUUAUUUCGUUGCUGUGACUGGACUCGCAUGUCCCCGCACCCUGUUUGGCUGGGUCGGCGAGGUUGAGUCCCGCUGUUCCGUGCAUCCGUACUGCUAC